AUGCGCGGAAGAGAACUAUUAUGUGUUUUGCGAACACCAAAAGGAUGCAUUGAGCUGUUACACCGAUACAACUUUGAGAUCAAAGGAAAGAGAGCAGUUGUUAUUGGAGGGAGUAAGAUUUUUGAUAUGCCGGCUGCUCUGUUACUGCAGAGAGAGUAUGCAACUGUUACCAUUGCCCAUUCAAGAACCAAGAACUCUGAAGAAAUUGUAAGACAAGCUGAUAUCAUAUUCUCGGCUGUUUGGCAACCAAACAUGGUUAGAGAAAACUGGAUAAAAUUGGGCGCAGUCAUCAAGGAUCCAAGCACUCCGCAUGGCUAUCGAGUGGUCGGAGACAUUUGCUAUGAGGAGGUUUGUAAAGUUGCAUCAGCCAUCACCACACCUGCUGUUGGUGGUAAAAGAACAAUGCCCUUAGCCAUGCUUCUUUCUAACACUUUAACAUCAGCCAAGAGAAAUCACAACUUCAUGUAA